UUCGAAGAGUCAACGACACAAUGCAUAUCAAGGAAAUAACAUUUGGCGGGAUAUUUGCGAUUAUAUUUGUUUCAACCGGUCUGCCAUCAGCAUUCUGUGAAUAUGGCAUGGAUAUACAAAGUGCGAACUACAAAAUUUUGCACCAACACCCUCAGCUAAAGAAAUGCACAGAAACGUAUCUAUUUAAAAACGGAUAUGUUGGUUGUCGCGUGUCUGUUAAGACAGGCAAAUGCCAGGGCUUACUGCCUUCCUGGGAGUCUCAGGGUAUAGAGGAAGGGUAUGCGUAUGCUUUGAAGGUGUCUGUUCAAACAACCUUCCAGCCACCGCUAAAGGUCGAAGAGAACGAACCCAGUUGGGAGAUUCCUGUAACGCUCAAAGCUGGAGUCCAAAUAGACACUUUUCUUUCGAUUCCAACAUGGCCUGAUGAUGUGCGACAAUGGAUCCUGGGUGUGAUGUUAUGUCAAGCAAAUCCCGACAUAGAUUCUACAUUUAGGCAACGCAGCCGGGUUGAGAUGAAGUAA